UGCCCCGCCCACGGUGAGAGCACCCAGUCAAGUCUGAACGCCUCCAGUUUUGUUCCUUUUUUCCUUCCAAUGGAGAAUUCUUGAAAUCGGGCGACGAAUUCCUGUUUAGUUCCCCAUCAAGCUCAGUUUCAGUGGCUGUCCUUCGUCUUGAUUUCGUGGUCGCUGUUUUUGCACCGAUUUGGGGGUUUCCCCCUGGUUAGUGUUUUUUUCGGCGCAUAUUCUCUCAAUUUGGGCGCAGAUCUCUGGGCUGCAAUGGACGAUGAAAAAGCCGCGUUGUCUCGGAAAUUAAUCGAUAUUGUGGGUGAAAUCUCCGAGAUUUCCGAGUACAGAGGCCCGGUGAAGAAGCAGUACACCAAUCUAGCUCGGCGUCUGAAGCUGUUGACCCCAAUGUUCGAAGAAAUUCGCGACGGCAAAGAGGCGCUCCCUGGGGAAUCCGUCAGAGCCCUGGCUUGGCUGGGGCGGGCACUCGAAUCGGCGAAAGAGAUGCUUCGAUUCGGCAGUGAAGGCAGCAAGAUUUAUCUGGUCUUAGAGAGGGAGAAAGUCCUGACCCAAUUCCAAGAAGUGACGACAGAAUUGGAGCAGGCCCUUAGCAGCAUUUCUUUCGAGAAACUCGACAUAUCAGAUGAGGUGAAGGAGCAGGUGGAGCUCGUCCUUGCUCAGUUCAGAAGAGCCAAGGGGAGGGUCGACGCUCCAGAUGUUGAGCUGUACGAGGAUCUUUUAUACCUUUACAACAAGAAUCGCGACUGUGGUGAAGAUCCCAAUGUAUUACGAAAAUUGGUCGACAAACUGGAGCUAGGCAGCAUAUCUGAUCUAACUCAAGAAUCACUGGCUUUGCAUGAGAUGGUUUCUGCUACCGGCGAGGACCGUGAGAACAGCAUUGAAAAGAUGUCGAUGCUGCUGAAGAAAGUUAAGGAUUUCGUCCUGACUGUAAACCCGAACAUUGAUUCUGAGAAGUCCGCCCCUGCAAGUAGCAGCUCCGCCGAGGGAAGUCAUAAAAACCUCGUCAUCCCAGAUGAUUUCCGCUGCCCCAUCUCAUUAGAGUUGAUGAAGGAUCCCGUCAUUGUCUCGACUGGGCAGACUUACGAAAGGUCAUGUAUUGAGAAAUGGCUCGAAGCCGGGCACAACACGUGCCCAAAGACGCAGCAGACGUUGACGAGUACCGCCAUUACGCCUAAUUAUGUCCUCCGGAGUCUCAUAGCCCAAUGGUGCGAAGCGAACGGGAUCGAGCCGCCGAAAAUCCAAGGAAGCUCCCAUGCCGCGAAGAGCAGAUCCGCGUGCUCCCCCGCUGAACGUAGCAAAAUCGAAGCCCUUCUCGGCAAGCUCACGUCCGGGAACCCUGAAGACCAGAGGUCCGCAGCCGGUGAAAUCCGCCUCCUUGCGAAACGAAACGCAGAUAACCGUGUUGCAAUAGCCGAGGCGGGUGCGAUCCCCCUGCUUAUCCAGCUGUUAUCGAUCCCCGACUCCCGGACGCAGGAGCACGCCGUCACGGCACUCCUCAACCUCUCAAUAUGCGAGGACAACAAGGGCAGCAUCAUAUCCUGUGGGGCAGUACCCGGGAUCGUCCACGUGCUGAGAAAGGGGAGCAUGGAGGCUCGGGAAAAUGCGGCCGCGACGCUGUUCAGCCUCUCGGUGAUCGACGAGAACAAGGUGACGAUCGGCGCCCUGGGCGCGAUCCCGCCGCUGGUGAUGUUGCUGAGCGAGGGUACCCAGAGAGGGAAGAAGGAUGCGGCGACGGCGCUCUUCAACCUGUGCAUUUACCAGGGCAACAAGGGGAAGGCGGUGCGGGCGGGAGUCGUUGCGACGCUGAUGAGGCUGCUGACGGAACCGGAGGGCGGCAUGGUGGACGAAGCGCUGGCAAUCCUGGCGAUACUCGCCGGGCACCCGGAAGGGAAGGCGGCGAUCGGGGCGGCGGAGGCGGUGCCGGUGCUGGUGGAUGUGAUAAGGAACGGGUCGGCGCGGAACAAGGAGAACGCGGCGGCGGUUAUGGUGCACCUGUGCUCGGGGGAGCAUAGGCAGCACGUGGCGGAGGCGCACGAGAUGGGGGUGAUGGGGCCGCUGCAGGAGCUGGCGCAGCACGGGACGGAACGGGGGAAGCGGAAGGCGGCGCAGCUGCUGGAAAGAAUGAAUAGGUUUAUUGAGAUGCAGAAGCAGCAACAGCAGCAGCAGCAAGAACAGCAGAAGGUACGAGGGGAGAAUGUUUCCAAGAAUCAGGUUUUGCAGCAGCAGCUGAUAUGAUCUGAUCUGGUUUGAUAUGGUAUAAAUGUUUUGUCUAUUUACUGUUUGUUUUGUUGUGUUGUGUCGUGUUGGAGAGGAAUGGGAAUGGAAUUGGAUUGGUGGAAGAUCACCUUUCCUUUUGUUCCUUUGUUUGGUUUUCAAUUGUCUAAAGUAUGUAUGUGUACUUACUCUCUUAUGUAUUUUGUGUGUGAUUGAUUCAAAUUAAUUGCACCUUGUACAAUUUUUUAUUUUAAAA